CUCAUUCGUCUGCCAAAACACCAAGUAAACAUUCACUCUUCAAUUACUUGUAAUAUAUUUGCUAUACAAUUACUUGUAAGUCCUAAAGAUGUACAAUUGAAAAAGAAUCACAGGUUCGCUUUCUGAGCGUUUAUCCCUUGAAACUGAAAAAACACACCUGCAGCUUGAUAAAUCUAUGGAUAUCAUUGGGACAUAACGCUUGUAUAUAUUAUGGAUGCGCUUACAAUAACCUUAUACGUUCCUAUAUUUUUACAUUUUGAAGUAUAUUUUAAAGUCUGAUUUACCUUACUGGUCUUAAGUCAUUUUGUGUGUAAAUUAAGCGUUGUAGAAAUCAGUUUGAGCGUGUUAUGAUUUGAUAACGACAAGUAAUCAUUUGAAACAACUACGAUAAUAUUCUGUAGUCCUCACAAAUAUGAAUAAUAGGACUACCAAACUUCGUGACUGGCUCAUUUAUUUCCUUAGUCUGCUAACAAAAGUUUUCGGUUCUCACAGCGAGUUCAUGCAAAAACUUUUGGGUCUAGUUGAUAAGACAACAUCCGUUUCCUUUCCAUUUGACCUAAGCAUCGGAAGAGGAAUACGAACAACUUGCAACGUACUUUUCAAGAAUGAUUUGGAUAUAUUUAAAAUAAUUGGAGUCAUGAUCAUUAAACUACACUUUUUAUAUCCUACAUUUUGUUAA